UACAACUGCUCCCCUCCCUACACUAUUCCCGCAGUGUUAAAGUGCGACAUGGUCGAACAAUGCCUCGGAGGAGAGGACGAGAAAGAUUGCCCGUACAAAAGCAAGAACUGCGAGGCCAACUGGUUGCAGGCUGGAUUUCACUGCCUGCUCUUCAGGUUUCCCACCAAUGGUCUGUCUAUCAUGGCUGCCGAGGACGAGUGCCAGAGCAUGUACGGGGCCGAGCUGGCGGCUCUGCAGGAUGCUGAAUGCAGCACGCUUGCGGCUCGUGUCUUGCUGCUGCAUGGCUUCACGGAGGCCGCCGUGGGACUGCGGCGAGCUCGGACAGUGAACGUCUUCACCCAGAGCAUGUACCGCUUCCUGUGGCAGUGGAACACGGACAGCACUGUGGUAUUCAGCUCUCUGCAUCGCAGUAUCCACGACCUGUACUAUGAGUGCGCCACCAUUCACGUGUCCGGGAUAGUCAACUUGAAGGCCGAAGACUGCCUUUCUGUCUGGCGCGUGCACAUUUGUGACAAGAAAAUCAAGAACGAUUUUUCACCGACGCCGAUCAAGCGUCCAGCCCUGUCCUCCAGCCUUGCCUGGAAAAUCCCGUUGACAAAAUGCGCCGACGGGACGUUUGUUCACGUCUUUCAUACCUGUUCAACAGUAGAACACCAGAGUUCGAUCCCCAAGUUCAGAUGUUGUAAUGGCAUAAAAGUGCACUACGCAGUCACGUGUAACGGAAUCGACGACUGCGGAGAUAAAUGUGACGAGAGAUUUUGCAAGACUAUCGCGGCCCAUAGAUUAGUCAAGGCAACUAAACUGAAGUGCUUGCGGGAAUUUCAGCUGGUUCGGAAAGGUGAUCGAUGCGAUGGAAAGGUUGACUGCUACGAUUUAACCGAUGAACAGAACUGUGAACGCUGCUCCAAUGACCUCAUACGAUGCAGAGAGUUAGGGUGCUUGCAUAGAAAAUAUCUACAUUUCUUCCAUAACAGGUUCAAUCUAAAACACCUAUGUCUUUCUGAGUUGACAAAUGAAACACAGGAAAAACCCACGACCACGACAAUAUAUGAUUUAUUUCUGCCUGACAUCAUUGAACUUGACGGAUACGGGAUGGUUGGAAGAAGGAGGUUAUCACCCGGAGAGAAAUGUCCAUCGACUCAUAUCCAGUGCAACAAUGGGAGGUGCAUUCCGUCCUACCUGCUCAACAACAAUGUCCAAGACUGCCUCUACGGGGAAGACGAGAUGGAAGACGGGGGGGUUACUCCUGGGUAUUACCGUUGUUACAAGUCCGACGUGCGCCUGCAUCCCGACUACUUCUGCGACGGGCUGUACCACUGUCCUUACAAGGACGACGAGAAGUAUUGCGAUGACCUCUGCCCCUCGAACUGCAAGUGUGAAGGGUUGGCUUUCAAGUGCAGUAAAAUAGAGGAAAGGGAGAAAUUUGUCGACGUGAGGUAUCUGGACCUUAGUUGGUCUCUUCUUCCAGAACACUGGAGCAACCACUCCAAGUUACCUCUGCUCCAGCAUCUCAAUCUCUCUCACUGCGGAUUAAACUUCAUAUCAUUUCCCGACCUGCCUCUCCUGUCCGUGCUAGACCUCAGCUUCAAUAAUCUAUCGUCAAUCAGAAACAUCAGGCUUUUGCCUCUCUACCAUUUAAGGAACCUGAUCUUGUCGAACAACCCUAUACUCCCAAAGAUCGAUCAAGCCUUCACUCGAUUCCUUGUGUCUUCACGGAUGCAUCUACUCUCCAAUUUGCAACUCGCAAACACCAGCAUAACAUCCAUAGAGGCUAAUGUUUUCAGGCCGCUGAAAAGGCUGAAGUGUUUGAACCUUCGUGAAAAUAAAAUCGAAGAUUUUGGCGAAAACUCUCUCAAAGGUUUCGAGAACCUUCAGAUUUUAGAAACUGAUGACAGGCGACUGUGCUGUCUUUUCGAGGUGAGUCAUUCAAAAGCGCUGUUUCAGUGUCAGGUCACAAAGGGGGUGAUUAGUAAAUGCGAUUACUUACUGGAAACCAACUUCUUACGCUUCUCACUUUGGGUUCUGUCCCUUGUCACUAUUGCCAGCAACGUCGUGGCGCUGUUGUAUCGCAUCUGGAUGCAAGUGGGCAAAGGCUUCUUGACAUUUCAGGUCCUGGUGUGCAACCUGUGCAUGGCUGACAUGCUGAUGGGUGUGUAUCUGCUGAUCAUCGGCUCGGCUGACGCUGCGUAUGACGGAUACUACACGCUUCACCCCGAGAAGUGGACGCAGAGUUUCGCCUGCAAGGCUGCUGGCUUCCUGUCCCUGGUCUCCAGCGAGAUGUCCGCCUUCGUCAUCUGCAUGAUCAGCGUUGACCGUGCUCUUGUCCUCAACUUCCCCCUCCACAACCGGCUCCACCUGAGAGCCAAGGCCGCCCAGAAGAUUUGCUACUUUCUGUGGCUCACCAGUGUCGUCCUGGCGCUGCUGCCCACGUUUCUCGGAGGGUCGGAACCGCGCAGCCCGAAUGGAUUAUGCGUGCUCUUGCCUAUCACCCCCGGAGACUUUGAGCGAAAGGAUUACUCCUCCCAAUUUUUCAUCAUUCUCAACACCAUCCUCCUUCUGGUCAUACUUUUCAGUCAGUUCUUUGUCAUAUACACGAUCCUCAGGUCUGUGUCUAGACCCAACAGGUGCAGCAAGCAGGUACAGCAAGACUUGACUGCCUCCCGCCGCCUCCUUCUUAUCAUCCUCGUCAACUUCUGCUGCUGGUUUCCGAUCAGCGUUUCUGGUUUCCUAUUGUGGGCAGGUAGACCCUUGCCUAACGACCUCAGUGUCUGGUUUGCUAUUUUUGUCCUGCCCCUGAAUUUCGCCUUGGAUCCCUUCCUUUACACCCUGAACUCCGUGAUCGACAAGUGGAAUCAGAGACGGAAGGAGGAAGCAAUUAAGCGGACGCAGAGCAGACUUCGAGCACAGUUGUUCUCCUGGCCGAUGGCGACUGUCAUUCAUCUGCUGCACGACUGCAAAAGCGCCAGAAACAGAGCUCUGGCAGCAUCUCGGAGGACUAACGAAGAUUUUAAUUCGGGAACAGGUGUAUCUGGUGAUUUCUCGGAGCUGCAAGGUUAUCGGCAUUUUACCCCAAAUAGGAAAAAAAUAAAUAAAUUUGACGAUUCAGCACCGGACGAAAUUCAAUGCCGUAGUGCAGCAGAAUUUGAGAACAGAAGUCUUAGCUUGUCAACAUAUGACAACAGUAUAUACGGUGACUUUGAGGAACCAGAGAAUCGCAAUUCUCCUGCCUCAGCAGAUUACGAAUACAAUAACUGGCUUAGGUUAGCCUCACCUGGGAGCCAGAGCAGUCCAAGCUCCAGACUGGGUGAAGGCAAGAGGUGCAGGAGGUUAGACAACCUUUCUACUGAGUCAGAGUGUAACUCAGAAGUGUUUGGAGCACUCAAGCCUGUCGUCACCUGAAAGCUGCCAUCACCCAGGAUAUGCAACACCGGAAAGCUUACUUUCUUGGAAUACAGCAAUGGCUGAUGACCAGCACUUCCCCAGUUUAACAUCCCCUGACACUCGGAAUUCCCCAGUGUUAACAAGAACUGAACCGGAGCCCGUGAACUCGAUAAAAUGAAUUAAUUUAGCUUGGCAGCAGGUGUCUAACUUAGAAACCAGAACUGUCCAGGCUGAGCAGAUCUUGAGGACAACGACUGCCACUCAAACAUCUGUUUACUUGACCUUAGUUCAGCAGGGUUCACACACUCUGACCCCAAUUAGCACAAUACGAUGACUACAAUGGCCUCGUGAAGUGUCAUCUGAUUACUAAGGUGGGAAUCGUGUGACAUGCUACUUGCUCAGACCAUCUGAUGACAAGAAUGACACUGGAUUACAUACCUUGGGAUUAGGACUUGUGUCACGGAAGCUGUGAACUGGGAUAAUCCCAGUUUAGUGGGCUGAGCACUUUGUUAUUCCAAUCCUAGAAUUACUUUUACCCAAGUUUAGAAUUAUGUGAACUGAUAGCAACUUGUUGCGCUAAAUCCAAGUAGAUAUAAAGCAAGCACAAAACAAGAGAAAUGUAUUGCCUCAGACAUUGUUAACAUUCAUGUCAACAUCGUUGACCUGUUUAUCUACAAGACCUUUGUUUGUGACUGUGUGUGGACUGUGCAUUGUCUGAACAUUCUCAGACUUUCAGGAUGCCUGUCCUGACAUCAAACCGCCUCGUGGACAUCUGAACUGCUGUGCUGAAGUCUUUACAACAUCGUAGUCAGAUUCAACGAUUGUAAGGUGGUUAGUUCCACCAGGGGGACAACUCUCCUUUGUGUCUUAUUAUCGUAUUAAGUUUUCUGAAUUUAUCUUUCUGUUUCCUUCUGUGUCUGGUUUGUUGUGUUUGUGCUGGUGGUGAUGUGUGUGUGUACAUAUAUAUAUAUAGAGAGAAAUAUGCGUGUGUG